UGGUUCUUUGGGGUUGGGGGUACAAAUAGAUAAACUGCUUCACCUCUACCUCUCUCAGGCUCGCUCCCCCUUCUGUCUCCAGGGUCAGGGGCAGUAGCUCCCUUCACCACACCCCCAACAUUCUCCACUAAGUCCGAUCUCCAGCCCUCUGCUUCACAGUGAUUCUUCCUGGCUGCUUUCUCAACCCCGAAGUUAAUGUUUUUUGCUUUUCUUUGCACUCCCCCCUUCUUCAGGUCAGCUAAUGAUUAUUCAGGGACUUAUCUCAACCAGUUGUCCCUAUCCCAAAUCUCUAAGUUCUCUUCAGGGCAAGGGUCAGGAGAGUGAGCUCAUGGUCAUAUGACUGUUGCCUAUACCUCACCCCCUCUGCUGUCCCAGUCCUAACUCUCUCAGAAGCUAGUUGGGUGCCUUCCCUCCGGCUCCCCUGAGCAGAGACCUGGGUGGAAAGGUAAGACUCUCAUCAUUGCCUGAGGUAGGCGGUGGCCACUGGUUUCCACCAGCUCAGAGCUCACUGCCCAUUUCUUCCCUACCUGUUGCUACUGACCUUCUCCCAGGGCACUUGCUCUUGUCCGCCCAGCGAAGGCUGGGACUGAGCUGUGGCUGGGGUCCUUGCUGCUUAGGUCCUGCUGGGAUACACUGGGCGGAGUAGGGAGUAACUCCUGCUUUGCUCACAGAUUUUAUCCUGAUGGCUGACUCUAAACCACUCUUCUCCCCUGAUGGGGACCCCAUGGCUGCAGAAGCCUUGCUCCGGGAUGUGUUUGGGAUUGUUGUGGAUGAGGUCAUUCGGAAAGGGACCAGUGCCUCUGAGAAGGUCUGCGAGUGGAAGGAGCCGGAGGAGCUGAGGCGGCUGCUGGACCUGGAGCUGCGCAGUGAGGGCGAGGCUGCUGAGCAGAUCCUGGCACGGUGCCGGGAGGUGAUCCACUACAGUGUGAAAACCUGUCACCCACACUUCUUCAACCAGCUCUUCUCAGGGUUGGAUCCCCACGCUCUGGCGGGGCGCAUUGUCACUGAGAGCCUCAACACCAGCCAGUACACUUAUGAAAUCGCCCCUGUGUUUGUGCUCAUGGAAGAAGAGGUGCUGAAGAAACUCCGGUCCCUGGUGGGCUGGAGCUCAGGGGAUGGGGUCUUCUGCCCUGGUGGCUCCAUCUCCAACAUGUAUGCCGUGAACCUGGCCCGCUAUCAGCGCUACCCGGACUGCAAGCAGAGGGGCCUCCGGGCGCUGCCGCCCCUGGCUCUCUUCGCAUCAAAGGAGUGUCAUUACUCCAUCAAGAAGGGAGCUGCUUUUCUGGGACUUGGCACUGACAGUGUCCGAGUCGUCAAGACAGAUGAGAGAGGGAAAAUGAUUCCUGAGGAUCUGGAGAGGCAGAUCAGUCUGGCCGAGGCUGAGGGCGCUGUCCCGUUCCUGGUUAGUGCCACCUCUGGAACUACCGUGCUGGGGGCCUUUGACCCCCUGGAGGCAAUUGCUGACGUGUGCCAGCAUCAUGGGCUGUGGCUCCAUGUGGAUGCCGCCUGGGGUGGGAGCGUCCUGUUGUCACAGACACAUAGACAUCUCCUGGAUGGGAUCCAGAGGGCUGACUCCGUGGCCUGGAAUCCUCACAAGCUUCUCACAGCCGGCCUGCAGUGCUCAGCUCUUCUUCUCCGGGAUACCUCGAACCUGCUUAGGCGCUGCCAUGGGUCCCAGGCCAGCUACCUCUUCCAGCAGGACAAGUUCUACGACGUGGCUCUGGACACCGGAGACAAGGUGGUACAGUGUGGCCGCCGCGUGGACUGUCUGAAGCUGUGGCUCAUGUGGAAGGCACAGGGCGGGCAAGGGCUGGAGCGGCGUGUUGACCAGGCCUUUGCCCUAGCCUGGUACCUGGUGGAGGAAUUGAAGAAGAGAGAAGGAUUUGAGUUGAUCAUGGAGCCGGAAUUCGUCAAUGUGUGUUUCUGGUUCGUGCCCCCCAGCCUGCGGGGGAAGCAGGAAAGCCCUGAUUACAGUGAAAGGCUGGCUAAGGUGGCCCCGGUGCUCAAGGAGCGCAUGGUGAAGGAGGGCUCCAUGAUGAUCGGCUACCAGCCCCAUGGAACCCGAGGCAACUUUUUCCGCAUGGUUGUGGCCAACCCUGCGCUAACCCGGGCUGAUAUGGACUUCCUUCUCAACGAGCUGGAAAGGCUAGGCCAGGACCUCUGAGCCGCCUCCUCGCUGCUGGCCCUGACACCCCACCUCGCUCUCACUGUCUCUGCGUUUCCUUCCUGUGUUCUCAAUAACAGAGGGACCUUAACAACCUUGAUAUGCCUUGACCCACUAACUCUCUUAUGAAAUAUUUGCUAUUAGGAGGACAUUUAAAUAAAUUAUAGUAUAUCUAGAUCAUGGGAUGAUUCUCUGCCAUUAAAAUUAUGUUUAUAAACAAGAUUUUUAUUGAUAGGAGGAAAGAUAAUUUUAAUAUAAUGUUAUAUUGAAAAAGCUGGGUACAAGACUUUGUAUAUAGUAAUAUCUGAGUGGUGUUUAGACAUACAUAGGAGAAGACCGAUAAAAUGAUAUAUGCCAAAUAUUAAUCAUUUUCAAAUAAUAAUAAUAAUAAACCUGGGAU